AUGGCAUCUGCGAGCGAUGUUCUUACGCUCGUCAGCUCUUUGACCCUUCGUCUUAGCAUAUGGAUCUUUCUGCGAUGGAUACCCACGACAAUUGUCCCUGCACUCGCGACUGCACUCACGCUCGUCUACAUUCCUUCCUUCUUUAGCAGCUUCCAAGACACGGCGCAGUACAGGAUUAUAUCCGAUGAACUCGACAUCAUCGUGAAGGAGACUCUUGAAGGACGAAGCGAUGAUUCCAGCGAAGAGGUACAACUCAUCGACGGUGCAGAUGAGGGGCCACUGGCAGAGCUCGACGUCCAAGAGACUGUUCAGUAUGAGGAAAGGGAGCCCAAGGUGCUGCGCACGUUGCUCACUGGUCUUCCGAGUCCUUCAUCAGCACUAUGGAGCUGGAUCACCUUUGGAAUCAACAUGGCUCUCAUCGCCAUGGCCUUGGAUGUUGUCUAUCGCGCACCAUUGCUUCAUCAAUGCCAUGACGCGAGCUUCGCGCGUGUCGGAUACGUGUCGGAGAACAGCGCAAAGAUCCUGGUGCGAGAGCCAUAUGCCUUUGAUGUGAAGGUCCUCUAUCGCUCAAUCGAUGGCACCGAACGAUCGUGGAUGCACAAGACACAUCGCGCCAGCCAACCCGAAAACUGGCUUACGAACGAGACCGAUUUCACAACCGUCAUGAAAAUCGAGCACCUACGACCCGAUCUGCCUUACGAGUACGUCGUUGAGACUUCGCGCGGAAAUAUUACGGGCACUUUUACAACUGCGCCCCGACCGGGCCGCAUAUCGAUGUUGAAGGACAACAAAUAUACGUUCGUCCACUCGAGUUGCAUCAAGCCCCGCGUCCCAUACACACCAUUCCAACACCCUCUCGAGUUCCCAGGCAUGAAACACCUUGCGCGCUGGCUACCGGAACUCAAGCCAUACUUCAUGCUCUUCCUCGGUGAUUUCAUCUACGUGGAUGUGCCACACCGUCAAGGCAACGAUGCUGAGACAUACAGACGCGAAUACCGUCAGGUCUACUCAUCACCAUCAUGGCCAGCAGUGAGCGAGAACUUACCGUGGAUCCAUGUCAUAGACGACCAUGAGAUUCACAAUGACUGGAACAGUAACAUGACGGGCGUAGCAGUCCCAGCCUACGACGCCUUCACGCAUUACAACGCUGCACCCAACCCACCCCCUCAUCGCGAAGGCGUCACAUACUUCUCCUUCACACAAGGUCCCGCCGAGUUCUUCCUCCUUGAUACGCGUCGAUACCGUACACCGGCGAGCAAAGACGCGUCGGACCCCUCGAAGACCAUGCUCGGAGCGCAACAACUCUCCGACUUGCUUGCUUGGAUUCACAAAGUGCCUCCUCCGGGUGUCCACUGGAAGUUCAUCGUGACUGGCACACCUUUUACAAAGAACUGGCAGUUUGGGUCUGAAGAUACAUGGGGUGGUCAUCUAUAUGAGCGCAGACGUAUUCUGGAAGCGGCAUGGGACCUCUCUUCUACGCACGACAUCGGUGUCGUAGUACUCAGUGGAGACCGACAUGAAUUCGCUGCUACAUCUUUCCCACCACCUAAGGACGGAAAGUGGCCUACGAGUGCUACGGUACACGAAUUCAGCACGAGUCCGUUGAGCAUGUUCUACUUGCCCUUCCGCACAUACAAAGAGACAGAUGAUGAGGAUGUGUGCCUCAAGUACCUUCCUGACGGUAACAGCAAGUUCGGUGCUGUGGAGAUUACGACACCUGAACACGGAGAGCAGAGCUUUGUCAACUACCGGCUCUUCAUUGAUGGGAACGAGGCUUGGACACACUCCAUUAGUACACCUCCGGGAAGAAGUGGAAGCCAUAGGGCGAAGGACGCUGUUUGGGGGUAA